AUUUUGGCAUGUGUUCUUUGUGAUCUGAAUUUGUUCUGUUAUGAUAAGAUCCCGUCGUUCUGCAUCCUGAUUCGAUUCCCUUCAUGGAAAGAGAAACACAGUUUGGGGUUGUGGAGAACUGGAAAUGGACAUUCCCUGUUUUUUUAGAAUGCGCCUUCGUCGGAUUUUGUUGAUUUUUUCUCCGCGUAUUGUGCAUCGUUUCUGAUCCAUGUUCGUUUAAUUUUCCCGAAUAAAACUGCCUUUGUUGUCUGCCUCGUUGUUCUGAGAUGGGCUGAAAUUCGAAUGUUGAAUUAUCCUGAUUUGUUUGUCUGCCUUCUCCUUUCUGAUCUCUGGUUUGCUUCUUUCACUCCGUGUUUCUCUCGUAAUCCGCGAUGCGUUCAUCUCUGCAACUCGCAAAAUGAAAUCUUCUAACGAUCCUUUAUUUCCCCAUCUUGGAGACGAUUUAAAUCAUUUUUUCUGGUAAAAGGGUGAUAUUUUGUUUUCUUUGUCAGACGAUGUUUGGAUCACCACUGCGUUCUCGACUCCCUGUUUCUUAUUACUCCGGUCGUCCUCUCUUAUAAAUAAAUAUGCACCAGUUUCAGCAAAAUCUUAUACUAGGAGUUCUGUAAAUUUUUAAGGGCUUGUGGUAGAAAAGUUGUUCCCUGUUGUUAUGCACCUUGAGCUCCGUGCCUUGUGGUAGCACGCUGUUGAGGGGUCCAUGGCGUCUUCUUUUUCUGUGCUUCAAGUGAAUAAGAUGGGACAGCAACUAGUACUCUUUUGAUGUUACGAGUAGUUCCCUUUUAUUUCCUUCCCUUUUGGUUUCCAACUCCUUUCUGGAUGACUGUGCCGGUCAUUCCACCAACCUUUUGAUGUUACGAGUUGUGGUCUCCUAUGGUUUCAGUUUUGGAAGCAACUUCAGACUUCACAGGGCCAAGAUUUUGGAAUCAAGAGUCCUUCUUCAUCCUUAAUUCCUUAUGGUGUUUGUGCUCAAGGCUUUUGUUGAGCAACUCCAUGCUGAGAUGGACGGCGGCCACACCCACAUAGCCAUGGCCAUGGAGCAGUGGAAGCAGCACCCUAACCCAGGCCCAGAAUGCCUGAUGCCGAGCUUCCUGACCGACCAGUUCCCCCCGGAUCCCUUGGCGGAGGACGGCAGCGGCAACGAGGCCGGGUUCGAGAAGCACGGCCUGUCUGUGGCCGUGGGUUCGCCUCAGGACGAAGGGAAGCCGGCGCAAUUGACGCCGCACUUCGGCGGCCGGAUGUCCGGUUCCAGCAGCAGCCUCUCCGAGAGGAUGCAGGCGAGAAACGGGUUCAGCGUCCCCAAGCUCAGCAUGCCGUUCGCCACUCCGGCCGGAGAUGACAGUGAGCAGUCGGGGGUUCAGCCGCCUAUCUUUACCGUCCCGCCGGGCCUCAGCCCCGCGUCGCUGUUGGAAUCGCCGGUCUUCCUCUCCAAUGCAAUGGGCCAAGCCUCGCCAACCACAGGGAAGUUGUUCAUGCUUGGUGAUGCCGAUGACAAUAAUCCGACUAGAAUUGAAGCUCCCUCGAUUGAAGAUGGCCCUGCUGCAUUUUCUUUCAAGUCUUUGGACCUGAAAUCCUCACGUUAUAUUGCUGAAGAAAUGAAGGAAACUUUACCCAGCAACCAGCAUCCGUCAUUACCAAGCAGAGAUGUUCCUGUCAAGACUGAAACCAACAUUCAGGCGACACAAGGCGCCAACCCGCUGGGCAACAAAGUCUAUUUCAACGGGCAAGAGCUAAUGAAGAGCAGCUACCAUGACUCCAACAAGCGCAACCGUCUCGCACCUGACACCAUUGUGGGCAGAGACAGCGGAUCGCCUCCCGAUCACAGCCAACCGGCGGCGGACAGCGAAGCGAACCCUGCGACGAUGGCGACCGCCGCCACGGCCACGCCGGCGGAGGACGGGUACAGCUGGAGGAAGUACGGGCAGAAGCAGGUGAAGCACAGCGAGUACCCGCGGAGCUACUACAAGUGCACGCACCAGAGCUGCCAGGUGAAGAAGAAGGUGGAGCGGUCGCACGAGGGCCACGUCACGGAGAUCAUCUACAAGGGCACCCACAACCACCCCAAGCCUGCCGCUCAGGGCCGCCGCCUGCCGGGCGUCCCGCAGGUCCACCCGUUCGGUGACAUGGACAUCGCCGCCGACAACAACAACAACAACGACAAUAACGGUAAUGCUGGUGGUGCCACGCAGCAGCCGAACGCGGAAGCGAGGCCGUUGUGGCACGGUGGCGGCGGCAUGGGUGUCCAGGACUGGCGCGGCGGCGAUGGGCUGGAGGCGACGUCGUCCCCAGGCGAGCUCUGCGACUCGUCGGCUUCGAUGCAGGUCCAUGACGGCACCGCCACCCGGUUCGGGUCCCCUGAGGGCGUGGAUGUCACGUCGGCGGUGUCUGACGAGGUGGACGGGGAUGACAGGGUGCGCGCGCAUGGCAGCAUGUCCCAGGGCCACAACCAGGGCGCUGCCGACGCCGGCGAGGGAGAUGAACUGGAGUCCAAGAGAAGGAAGCUGGAGUCGUGCGCCAUUGAAAUGAGCACCGCGUCCAGAGCUGUCCGCGAGCCACGGGUCGUGAUCCAGACGACGAGCGAGGUGGACAUCCUGGACGACGGCUACCGCUGGCGCAAGUACGGGCAGAAGGUGGUCAAAGGCAACCCAAACCCAAGGAGCUACUACAAGUGCACGCACCCGGGGUGCUCGGUGCGGAAGCACGUGGAGCGUGCGUCGCACGACCUCAAGUCCGUGAUCACAACGUACGAGGGGAAGCACAACCACGAGGUCCCGGCCGCCAGGAACGGUGGCGGCCACGCGACCUCGGGCUCCGCGGCGGCCCAGCUGGCCCACGCGCGCAGGCCGGAGCCGCCGUCGAUGGCGCAGGACGGGCUGAUGAUGGGCCGGCUGGGCGCGCCCUUCGGCCUGCCGCCGAGGGACCCGCUGGGGCCCAUGAGCAACUUCCCGUACUCGCUCGGCGUCGGCGGCUACGCGUCGUCGGGAUCGCUGCCAAGCCUGCCGAUGCCGGCGGCCGUGGAAGGGCUGAAGCUGCCGAUGCUGUCCCCGUGCUCGCUGCACCCGCUCUUCAGGCACCGGCAGGCCAUGGAUCAGACGGCGGCCGGGUCCGGGUUCAGGGUGCCCAAGGGCGAGGUGAAGGACGAGUCCAACAACAACUCCAGCGCCUCGGCGUAUCAGCAGAUGAUGAACAGGCUGCCCCUGGGGCACCGGAUGUAGAUACUGUAGUGGUAAUAAAAGGGGAGGAGGAGGAUUAGAUGAGUUGGUUAAUUAGCGUUCGAUGAUAAGCACACCGUGGAAACAAUCCACCCUUUACUUCUUGAUUGCAGUUUUUCUUCUUCCUGGAAUCAUCAUCACCCUGCUUGGUUUAUAUGCUGCAGUUUGUUUUAGGUUGAGUUUAUGUAGUUCUUGGUAGCUGGUAUCAGUUUCUUUCUUUUUUUUAUCAGAAAUGUUGUUGUGCUGUCAGUUUUUUUUCCGAGAAAGAGGAGUUGUAUCAUCUUCAGAUGGACCAUGAAUUAGUUAUCUUAAUGUUGCCUGGUUCUUGGCCGGUGUAA